AUGCUAACUGCUGUGAAGGGUGGCAGACCUGUGCUGACCCUCGACUGUGUCUGGGAGAGCGCGAGUGGCUGGAUGUCUAGCAUCACUCAUCAAAAGUCCAGCCCACCAGUGAGGCCUGGAGAAAAACCUUCAGAAACUGGUGAAGCCCACCAGCGCAAGGAGGUUUGUCACUGGCCAUGCAGAUGCCCACCUGUGCCAACCUGCACCCCCGGAGUAAGCUUGGUGAAGGAUGGUUGCGGCUGCUGUAAGGUCUGUGCCAAGCAGUCAGGAGAGACCUGCAAUGAAGCAGACAUCUGUGAUCCCCACAAAGGCCUCUACUGCGACUACUCAGAAGAUGAGCCUAGGUACGAAACAGGCGUGUGUGCAUAUCUGGUAGCUGUAGGAUGUGAGCUCAAUGGAGUUUAUUAUGUUAACGGGCAGACCUUCCAACCUAACUCACUUUAUAAGUGCCUGUGUGUCAGUGGUGCAAUUGGAUGUACACCUGUAUUCACACCAAGAUUAGCAGCAAGUCCCUGCGCCAGAGUCAUGGGCAGAAAGAAACCUGGACAAUCCAUCUGUGGCCUGGGACAGCACAAGCAGCUUCAAUCAACAAACUACAGACUGAUGUCAGCUUACAGAAGCUUACCGCUAGUUUUGAAGAAAAAGUGCCUGGUACAGGCAACUCCCUGGACACCCUGUUCCAGGACCUGUGGCAUAGGCAUAUCCAGCAGAGUGACCAACGAAAACAGAAAGUGUGAAAUGAAAAAAGAAAAGAGGUUAUGCUUCAUCCAGCCUUGUCUAACCAAUAUACUGAAGACCAUAAAGAUUCCAAAAGGAAAAACAUGCCAACCAACAUUCCAGCUUCCUACAGCAGAGAAACUCAUUUUUUCUGGAUGCUCAACUACUCAAAGCUACAAACUAACUUUCUGUGGGGUGUGCUUGGACAAGAGGUGCUGCAUACCUAAUAAGUCCAAAAUGAUCACUGUACAGUUUGAGUGUCCCAAUGAAGGUUUCUUUAAGUGGAAGAUGAUGUGGAUAACAUCGUGCGUAUGUCAGAGGAUUUGCAGUGCUCCUGGAGAUAUAUUUUCUGAACUCAAAGUUGUGUGA